AUGCCUCAUGAUCCGCACUCGACCGGGCUUCAAUGCUCCCCCACCCCGUUCCCUUCGCUGAAACAGCUUGCCCAACUGGACGAGGUGGGAUUCGCGGGCGAAGAUUCUGACGAGGAAGACGGCGGAAAUGACUCGCCCGGCGCCAGAGGGACAGACUCCUACGGGAAAGACCGGUCUCUGAAGCUCGAGGCCCAGUUCCUCCGCACCCUGGCGUGCAGAGCGGGAGUCCUGGGAGGCGUGUUCGCACGAGCGAGGCAACAAGGGGACGCGUCCCCGGGGUCAACAGGAGGAAGCGACGGCGUCGUGGGAAUGGACGUCGAUGAAGAAGGGGGCCAUGUCGCCGGGAAGGGAAAGGGUGGGGGGGUCAGGGGAGGCGUGCCGGGAGGCAUGGGCGGAGCCGUCCCGGGACACUUGAUGAGGCGCCUCCAGAGCCUGUCCCUGCGGCUGGUGGAGAACUACGCGCUCCUCGGCAACAAGGACAGGGGGCUCGCCUGCCAGGGGCUUUGCCAGCUGUGGCUGGCGUUUUCUGGGCCCGGGCAGGGCGACAACCUCUCCCGCAUGAAAGGGGUAAGCCUCGCAGGUACCAUGGAAAAUCCGGGAGGCGGUGUAGACGAAGCUGGAGAGCCCAGCGACACCCCGGUGAAGUGGGUAGCUCCUGUCGAUCCCGUCACGGGCGCUGUGGACGCGCGUCUCUGCUUCCUGUACGCUGACCUGUGGAGGCGUGUUGUGAACCCGGGGUCGGCCGAGCUUGAGCCCCUGCAAGCGUGGGAGGCGGUGCCUGGAUCGGGGGCUGCGGCGGGGGCGGCGGCUGUGUCGGGGGGGUCGGGGGUGCUGUAUCGAGACGCCAUCGCCCCCGAGGUAUACGAUGCUGUGCUGGGCGCCGUGCUGACGGCGGUCAAGAGGCUGGAUCUACGCUACACCUACGGCACCCCCGAAGAAGGGGGAAGGCCGAUCCCUCUCCAUGCGACGGACCAGAACAUGUUCCUCAACCUGGUCUCCUUCUGCCAAGAUCUUCUCCCGACGUGUCGCCCAGACCUUCUUCUGGAAUGGGUUCCUAUCCUCUGCUCGGAGCUCGUGAAACGAUCCUUGGAACGGCCGUUAGUAAGCGGGUUUUACCGGUUGGUCACCCUGGUAUUCCGCGAGACCGCUCGCUCGGGGUAUUUCGAUGACAACACACCAGAGACGCCUUGUGAUCAGGCCGUGCUGUCCCCCCCCUCGCCGGGAUCCGUGGUGACGGCCAUCGGUCUCGACAUGGGCGGAGGAAGCCUGGGCGGAGGGGCCAGCAGCAGCAGCAGCAGCAGCAGCAGUGGUGGCGGCGGCGGAGGCCGGGGUGAUCAGGUUUCCGCGACUGGAGGAGGUGGCGGUGACCAGGCCGCUGCCAGAGAAAGGGUCGGAGACGCCGGCGAGAGAAUCAAUUGCCGCAGGAUUUUGUGCAGGCGGGUGUCGUACCUCGAGUGGAUGACGGUGCGCCUGGGCGGCUUCCGCGACGAGCUCCUGGCCGCUUGCACGGAAACCCUCCUGAGCGCUCCGGUGGGAUUGCUGGGGGGGGAUCUAACCCCCCUCGUCCCCGCCCUCAGGGCGGCGCUCACGUCCGGAACGUCGCACCUGCCGACCGCGGUGGUGGCGGUGGAAGCGCUGGAGAGGUGGAGGGAGGAGACCCCCAACCUGUUGUGGCCCCACUUGGGAGAGAUCUUGCCGCACCUAGACAAGCACCUGUCCGCCGGCCGCGGGGGCGACGGGGGAUCGGCCGAGAAAGUGAGGCGUUCCAAGGGCGGGAAGGCGGCGGGAUCUUCCGCUUCCGGUGGGGGGAGCGGGGACACCGCUGGAGAAGGGUCGAGAAGGAAGGAAUUACGCAGGAGGAUCGUGCGAUUUCUGGGAAGGCUAGGAGGGAGGAACCACCUGGUCGCAACUGACGCCUCGCAGGCACUCUCGGACUCCCUGGCCUGGGACACGACGCCGCGCAUCCUCCUCAAAGUGCCGUUCAAGGACAGGCAGAACCCGCUCACGAUUUGCCUGGACGGGGUGCUCCAGAGGCUGGUCGAGCUGGCUCUGCACGAGGGGACACGGCAGACCAAGACCCUGGCCGCGGAAUGCCUCCACGCUCUCGUCGUCUACAUGGUUGGCUGCACGGCGACGGACCCUUCCUCCGGGCAGCAGGGCCGGCCUGGAGACUUCUCGAAGCUUUUUCGGCGGGUGUUUCCCGCGGUCCUGAGGCUCGCCGUGGACCUAGACGAGACGACGAGGACCCUCUUCUCGAAGCUGUCCAUGCAACUCGUUCGCUGGUUCUCACAGGCACAAACCGAAAACGACGACACGCUGGCGCUGCUGGACUGCCUAGGGGAGGGCGCAGCGGCGGAGGACGGGGGGCCGCUAAGGGAGGUGUGCGCCAAGGGUGUCGUCGAAUUCCUCCGCUACGCCAUCAAGCAGUCAACGAAGAGGCAACAGGCGGAGGGACCCGCAGCCGUUGAUGCGCUCCUGACGCGGGUGUUCUCCCUCGCCACUCACCCUGACAAGAACCGACGCCUAGGCGGCCUGAUGGCGUUCAAUCAGCUGUGCCGUCCGCUUCGGGAAGAGACUGCACUGCUCAACAGGUACGCCCUGCGCCUGCUCCACGUGGCGCUGAUCUCCCUGCGACGGGCUCACCACGACCACUCGGCGCUCGGAGUGGCGGACGCGGCGUCCUCGGCCGUGGACCGCGCCCUGAGGGUAGUCCACGAGUCCGUCACCGAAAAGGGAGACAGAGGUGACCUUCUCAGGAAAAGGGACGAGAGGGGCGAACUGCGGAGCGUCGAGGAGAUGGCUGGUUGGGCUUGGGACCGGGUCGGCGCGGUUGAGACUCGAUUCCGCCGCAAGUGCAUGGCCGUCCUGUUGGCGCUGUGCCCGCUCGUCGUCGAAACGUUCGACGGCCUCGACGAAACCCCCUCGGAAAACGACGGCACCCGCACCUGGGUGUGGCGGCGCCUCGAGGAAUCCGGCCGGGCCGGGAUAACGGAGGCGGUCCGAGUGUUCGAGAGCAGCGCGUCUCAGAGCCAAGCCUUCUCUUCGGCAGCAGUCGGGGGUGGUGGCUUCAAGGCCAUCGGGUGCGAACAGGGGGCGGAACUGCGCGAGAAUGAAACGAUGGAGUGGGACAGAAUCGCGACGGCCGCGGACUGCUACAACUUCGCCCGCGACACGGGGAUCAUUACGGCCGCCGAGCUGUUCCUUGGAGCGGCCAAGCGUGGCGGCGGCGGCGACGGCGGCGUCGGUGGUACCAGCCAAAAAACGAGCCAGUCCUCCGGCAAAAAGCGGAAAGCUUCUUCUGCCUCAGAGGACGCGGCGGCAGACGGUAGUGGCGGUGGUGACAGCUCCAGCUACGGCUCAGAAGCUGCCGAGCCCCGCGUGAUCCGGUCGCUAGCCGGGGUCGUGGAACGUUUCGGGAAGUUUCUCGAGGACUUCCCAUUCCAAUCGCUUGCUGGGGCGGAAGAGCGUGAUGGCGAUGCUUGUGUCGUUCAGAGGGGCGGGGCACGGCAUCCGACUGUUGCCAAUGUCAGCGGGACGGUAGCAGCGAGGCUGGCCGCGGAGGCGAGUGGACCUCUAGUGGUCGACGACCCGGGCCUGCUCCCGACGGAGCGGGCGACCGCGCAGCUCUCCCGAGCGGUGCUCCUUCGCCGCGGUUUCACGCUCCUCGCCGGCUGCUUGUCCGACGACGGCGCCCGGAGAGACGAGAUGGCCGCGUUUCUAGUGAAAGAAGGCCUCUGGAGCCGCCGCGCGCACCUGGUCGUGAUAUACUCUCUCGUAUGGCCGUGGGCCGGGGAACUUCUUCCUCGUGCUUCCGACGGGGACGAGGUGGAACAAUUCCUGCCGGCAGCGGUGGAACGCCUUCUGAAGCACUGGAAAACCUUGGACAAUGCCGCGGGGCCAGGAAACGGGCUUUCCGAGACCCUGCAGAGCCUGCUUCGGGUUCGGGUGUCCAAGGAAGACAGCGCUAGGCUUUCGGCCGCUAGCCCUAGCAGCGGAGAAGACGAUGCUGUCGACCUUUGCCAAUGGAUUUUGGCGCAGUCCCUUUCAUCCCAGCAGGCGUUGUCUCGCCCCUUCGUCUCCAGUCGUGCUGGCAGGAAACCCUCUACCGCACGCAGCAACGCAAGGCGUUCACCUACUCCUCCCGACGACGAACUCACGGGCCGCGUUAUUCGAGCGUACAGGUCUUUCGCGAACGCUGGGCUCUUUGGCAGUGUCGGCGACGGUGGCGGCGGCGGCAAAGCGUUUCGCCUUGCCUCCGGGCUUUGGUCCACGGUUCUCCGCCUCCCGGAGGGGCUGCGGCCGGCGUCCGAGCACCGCGCAAAGACGGCCCUGCGGCUGUCGAUGGACCUAGGCCUUCCCACGACAACGGGAGCUACCACCGGUGUCGCCUCCAUCCUCGCCGGCUUGCUAGAUUUGCACCCGGCGAAACGAGCGGUGGCGUCGUCUGCGGUAGGUGUUGGCGGCGCCACUCGUGGCUCUCUCUUCUACCGCCGAUUUUCCGAGCCAAUUCACGAUGCACUGCUGAGGCGUGGAGCUGGCUGCCCUUGGUCCAGCGUGUGCAAGGCACUCGUGGAUGCCUGUUUGUCCACCACCGCCGGGGAGACGCGCGGUCACCACCCGUUGCUGGCAGCGCAGGCGUUUUCUGUCCUCGAAGGCGUUUUGAUCCUUCAGUCGGAGCGGGCGACGGGAGCGACGACCCUCACCUCGCGGGCCACGAUGGACCCGAGGGAGACGCUGAGCGUAGUUGUGCCCGAGUUUCGACGCCUCGUCGAGAACCCUGACUGGGGCCCGCCGCCGACCGCCGUGCGGGGGAAGACCGGCGGUAGCGCGGCCGUCGGGGUUCACGGCACGGGAAAAAUGCUGCGCGAAUCUCUCCGUCUCUGCCACUGCCUCCUCCGGCUGGCUGCGGCUGUGAAGUCCGGGUCUCCCAUCGCCACCUCGACCAGCGGCAGCAGCGGUUCGUCCACGACGUCACCGCCGCACUUUGAGCGGCUGCUGGAAAUGAGCGCCCUGCUGGUGGCGGGGACGCUGGGGUCGUCAUCCUCGGUCGUUGACGCCUCCACCAAGGCGGACGCUCUCACCCUUGUGCCCUUCUUGAGGCCGUGCCUCACGCGAAAAGCUCGGAACUACGGGCAUGCCGUCCCACACGCAGGGAAGCAAGGCGAAGAUGGAGCCGGCGGCGCCGGUGCCAGCGCAGGGGGUAAGGGGAAGCCGGACGGGCUAGUGAUGCCCGCUCUGGAGGAAAUGAUGUCGAUGCACUUCCCGAUCGACAACAGCCGAGAGCCGGAGGAAGGAUCGGAGCAGGCGACCGCGUUCGCGCUGCUGCUGAGGGGGCUGCUCGGUGCGUUCGUGAGGUGCGGGGACCUUGGCUUGCUGGAGCUGCUCUUCGGUACCCUGGCGGAAGGCCGGAAGCACCGGCACUACAGAUGGGUCGACAAGGCCCUGGAUGCCUUCGUUUCGGGGCUGGACGUGGAGGCGAGCGGCGUGGCGGAGGCCGUCCUCGGAUUCUGCCUGGACAAGCUCACCGCGGGGAGAGUCGGGGCCAGCGUCCGGACCGUCCUGUUCGACAAGGUGUGCCUGCCGAUGUUGCGGCGCUGCCCCGCAGAAAUCGUCAAAAGCCUGUACCUGUCGGCCACUGCGGGCAGCUGGUUUAGGCCCGUUUCGAAGGGGAAAGUGGUCGAGGGGCCCGUGCUCAGACGCCUGUUUGCGGUUGUCGGGAAGCGCAGCAAGGCUGGGACGUUCCUUGACGGCCCGCUGGUGGCGUCGUGUUGCUUCUCGCUGCUCGAGGUCUUGUACGACGCGUUCGACCUCGAGCCGCUGCAGGCCCUCGCGGACUCGGCGUUCAGGAACACGAAGACGAUUGAGGGCGGUCCCGCUAAAGAGCCGCAAGAGGGGGAUGAGGAGAAGGCUCUCACUCUGAAGGAUGUUACGCUGGGGGUUUGCAACGCCUGGAAGGCGGUGGUUGCCUCGGAGGAAAAGCUCAGCCAGAGUUGGCUCGAGCUGCGCUGCCGCCGGGCGGUGUUCUCCUGCGUAUGCACAGCCGUUCGCGCCACCCAGGACAAGGAGAAGUUCUUCGACAAGCUCGUGUGGUCGGACGCCCUCUACGCCAAGUCGUCGGGGCCGGGUGGGGGCAAAACCAGCGUGCUCGCCCUUGUCCUGAACAUGGAGACCGAGCACACGUUCGAAGUCAGCCCCAAGGUGUUCCAAUCGUCUCGGCUUUUCCCGGCGCGCCCUCUCCCGCUCGGCCGCGGCCGAAGCGCGGCAACUACGGGUCGCAGCCGCGGAGGCAUGACCGCUUCCUCGAUGCUCUCUCAGAGCAGUCUCGGGUUCGGCGGUGAUUCGUUGGCUGUGGUGGCGGGCGGUGACGGUGCUGCGGACCCUGCCGCGGAAGACGAGAGAGAGACUUACAGCAGCCAGGCCGCGCUGACGGAGCCGGCGGGAGUUCCGGAAGGGGACGGAGAGCCGGGGACGGACUCCCAACAUCCCCGGUCCCAUUCGCAGUCCCAGGGUGACAUGGCCCCGGUAUUCGGGCGUGGGGCUGUCGAGAGUGCUGGGGGCGGAACGCGGGGAGGGGGAGUCGCGGAAGAGGACGUUAUUUACCUCGAGAUGAGUCACGUGAACAAGGAGCCGUGCAUGCGGUCGCUACUGCAGGUGAUGGUCGCCCAGCGGCGGCUGUUCGAAGACAGCUGGAACGAGCAGGUGGACCAGAGCAACGGAAUGUUUGAGCCGGCGUGGUCGGUCAAGAUGAGGGCCAAGCUCGAAGACAUCGACCUCCCGCGAAACGUGCGCAUCCUGGCGUUCCAGUUCGCGCUCAACGCCCCGGUCUCCACCGCUCUGUUGCCGUGGGCGGUGCCGUGGAUCAAAGCCUUGUCCGACUUUGCUCUGGCGCCGCUCCCUGAAGGGUUGAGGACCGAUGGGGAGAACGGUCUCCACUACCUCCUACGAGACUUCGCGCAGCUGCUCCUCGACGAAUCAGGAGCGAGCGGCUGGGGCCGGGCCGUGCGAGAGGCGAGGGCGGAAGAGCGGCGUAGAGCGGCGGAGGCGGGGGGAGACCCCGGAGACGUUUCCCGGCAGCCCCUCCUUGACGUUGGCAACCGCCUGGUGUCGCACCUGAUGUCGGUCGCGAGCUGUCCCGACGGGAAGACGCCGAUGCUGCGGGCUAACGUGCUCCUCGUGGCCGGGUUGGUCGGGCUCUUCGGGGACAAAGUCGUCGAACAGACCGACCACAACGGCGACGCCAUCCGUAUGGAAGGGCACCGAACUGGAAGGACGAACGAUCUCCGACUGAACCUCCAAUUUGUCGUCGACAUGCUGAAGGAAAGGGAGGGCCACACCGGAGGCGCCCACGCCAGCACCCAGAGCAAGGGGGUACAGGCGAAGCACACCAUCCUCACGGGCCUCAACCUCCUAGGCGUGCUCCUGGGUAUGAAGGUCCCCGUGCUCACGUCCAGCGUGCCUGCCGCGGACCAGCUGGCGCGCACCCUCCCGGACGUCUGCCUGUCCUACACGCAGAAGAACACCUUCGAGACGGGGACGGAGCUUCUCGCCAUGGCCCUGGCCCACGUGUCCUGGCUCGAGGAGGACGGGGGGUUACCAUCGGGGGACAGCCUCUGCCCGGUCUUGCGCCAGGCGGAAGGGUCGGAGUGGCUGGCGCGCAGGGUCACCGACCGGCUCAUGCGCAUGGUGGGAAGGAAAUGA